UUCAUGCAAUGCACAUUUUGUAGUCUUUCAUUACCAAUAUAUAAUUUAGUCUGUGUACAUUACCCAAUAUAUACUGUUUUCUCUUUCCGUAUUAUUCACGUUGUCUUUUAAAUUAAUUAUUAAUUCUUUAUUAACUGUCAAAGUAUUUUUUCAAUAAAACAUGUAACCCGCUAUGAAAAAGUUACUUACUUUCUUAAAAUAUGUGAUACUUUUGUAGUGGAAUAUCAUAAAUUUCAAGCUCACCAUGUCGACAAGAAGAGCACGGAUAAAAGCUGUUACAUCUUUACCACCGAGAAGAAAAAAUGCCGAUGCUAGCGAUAACAAAAAUAAGCAGGAUAUUGAGAAAACUGUAAAAAGUCCUAGAACUCCUCGUUCGUCUGCUGUUAAAAAUAAUGAAAGUCUGGAGAAAGUCUCUCCUGGGUCUAAACCUCUACCCGCCUUACUGCCUCUGCGGUCCGCUUCACCAAAAACUCCACUUAAUAAAAGUUCGCCUCAAAAUAAGGCAACAACUUCCGUACCUGUUCCUAUGUUAAAAACUGAUAAGUUUCUAGAAAAAGUUCCAGUUAUUACAGCUUCAUCUAUAUUCAAAACUAGCGUUUUUGCAUCUCCUCGAGCGAAGAAAAACAGCCCUGAUAUAAUAAACAUUGCAUCACCUAUAAUACCUUCCCCUAAAAGAAACAUUCACAAACCUGCUACACCACAAUCAGAGAAACUUGUUACAGAAGCUUGUAUUGGUAGUAAUAAUGAGUUACAAAAAGAGAACAAAUUGGGAAUUGAGAAUGUUGCAGAAACUAGGAGUGAUGUACCAUAUGAUUACAAUGUGCCAAGUGUUCCAGAAAGUGUCACAGAGGAGGCUGUCAUGGAUGGUAUUGUACCCUUGCAGCCCACUUGCAGUGCACCAAAACCCAUUGAUCUGUUAAAAAAUGAAAUAAUAUCAGAACAUGCUGAAGUUCUCUUCGAUCCUAUUGUGCCACUGCCUUCACCAAGCAAAGUGAGACCAAAACUUCGACCUGUACCUAGACUUGGUCCACACAGGAGAAACAGUAUUCAGGGCAGCGCCAGUGAAUCUGAGGACGAAACCCGUAGAGCGCUGCUAAGCAGCGGCAGCGUGACGCCUGCACCGCCGCGUCAGCGCCACGAUUCACACACAUCACAUAGUACAUUACAUUCACUGCUUGGCAGGGAUGUAAACAGAGUGCGCAACGACUCUGUUUGUUCAAGUGUGAGCGUCGCGACGAUGCAGCCUGCGCCAGCCACCUCGCCUACCAAAGAAAAACAUAUAUCGAAAUCUCGUCGACAUGAUAUAAAUCGUCGCAUGACGGCAAUGCGCCGGCGCCGCGAGACUGUCCAGCGUGACAAACUUACAAUGUACGAUCUCAUAUUCUACAACCCUACAACAAACCCUAUUGUCCCAACACAAGACGAGGUUAAAAUAAAGGAGGCAAAUGAAAAAGAAAUCGAUAGGAAAAUCAAACAAGCUGUAGAUGAGGACCCUGAUGACCCACCGGAGGUGCCGGAGACCGCCGCACCUGUCCCUCAGAUCAAACUCGGCCCCAACGGCGAGAUUGUACUAGAUGAACAGAGCUUGGUGAUCAAACAAACGAACGACCGCGUGAUCUCGUCGGUGGUGCACGAAGGGGCAUGGUCGGGCGGCGGGCGGUACUCGCGCGCGGCCCGCGCCGCCGACUGGACCGAGCCCGAGACCGUGCGGUUCUACCGCGCUCUCGCCGCCAUCGGCACCGACUUCUCGCUAAUGGCGCCGCUGUUCCCCGGACGCUCUAGAAGGGAGCUAAAAACGAAGUUCAAGAAGGAGGAGCGGCUGAACUGCGCGCAGGUGGACAAGGCGCUGCGCUCGGUGACGCGGUGGGACGCGGCGCAGCUGCAGCAGGAGUUCAGCGCUGAACGCGCCGCCGCGGCCGAACGCGCGCGCCUGCGCCGCCAGCAGCUCGCCGCCGCGCGCCGCGCCGAGCGCCGCCGCCUGCGCGCCGCGCGUCACCGCAACAUGCGCCACAGUAAAAGCUCGAAAGCUGUAGAGACCACCGUAUCAUCGAACCACAACGAUCCCUGUUCUGUGGAUGACAUUUUGCGGAAUUCCAUAGAUAGCAGAAAGCAACCAGAUGUCACUCCUUCCACGCACCAGAAAUCUGGCUUGACGACGUUUAAUUUAAUUAACAGUCCAAAUGCAAAGAAUGGUGUAGAAGCGACUUGUGCUAAUGACCUCAUAAAAAUAGCAAUGCAGACCAAUAGACAAAGAACAAAUUCUGAACAGAGCAGAGAUUCUACACCGAAAUCAAAUUAUUCUGCAUUAACUGCUCUUAAUCAUCCAAAACAACCCGUGAUUAAAACGAACACUGAAAUGGCGACUACAUCACGAGUGAAUCAACCAUCACUCACCAUCAAGACUCCAGAGAUUUUAAAUUCUGUGCCUAGUAAUGUGCCUACUAAUAUAGAGACGGGAUCACUCGUGGUAUUAACGGUCAACGACCCGAAAUCUCCCACGAAAAAGAUAUUGCAAACAUACAUCGCUUGUGGAGGAGGGAAACUGACGCCCGUAGAGUUAACUCCAUCGUUUUUAAACUCAGUUGUCGGCUACAUGAAAAAAGGGACUCCCAAAAGCAAUGCGUCGACCACACCGUCACCUCAACUGAUGUCUCCUAAUAGUGUUGCAAGUCAAGACAUUCGGACUAGUGCCAAUCCUAGUGUUAUACAAGUGAAUCCAAGUCCCGCGAAAAGACAGAGGCAUAGUUCAUUUACGAUAACGCAGCUUUAAAUUAUGAUCUAUUUAAAUAAUGUAAUUGUAUUUAUUAUUAACUAUAUACCAUGUUAGCUCAUUUGCAAUAGAAAAUGCCACUUCUGUAUAAUGAAUAACGUCAACUCGUAUAUAAUGAAGUCUUUUCUAACCUUGACAUUGGCAAAGAAUCUCCAGCCUUUACAGUGGAAACUAGCCGAAUAACAUGAAAAAAAAGUAGAUAUUUUCCUUUAAAAAAUAACUGACUUGAAAGCACAGUCUGUUAUUUGAUUGUUCACAUUGCAUGUUAAGUUGUAUAUUCACAUCUAUAUAUGUAUAUACAUAUAUAAAUACAUAUAUAUAUUGAUGCAUACAUAAAUACUCUACUGUUAUUUUUUUUUAAUGCAUAGUCACAAAUACUAGGGGGAAGAGAUUAUUAGUAAUGCGAACUGUCGGUUCCAUUGUUAGUAUAUACGCUGCUUAUAUUUCAGCAUUUAUAAAUAUUUUUAUAAAUGCUGAAUUUUGACGCAAUGGAAUUGGGAUCCAAUCACAGUCACACUGAAUAGACAUCAAACGGUAUAAAUUGUAACAUCAAUUUACCAUCGAAAGUCAGCCCAUUGCUCUUAAUCCUAGAUAAAAUUAAACAUUUAUUCAUCAUUGUGUUUUCUAUUGCAAAUGCUUGUAAGAUAUACAUAAUUCUGCCAAACAAAUACACCUCUGAUGUUUGUGUUACAAACGCACAAGAUAUCUUUGUGCUUUCGGUACAGCCGACCUAGACAAGCGGCAAAUAAUUAUAUUGAUAGAUACGUUAUAACUGUCGCGUGCAUGAGACGGAGUGAGAUAGCGACAUCGGAUAUCUUUUUUUGUGUACGCCAAACUAACUUAUCUCGUUUAUAACUUUCCCACUUAUCUAUCUUUACUUGGCCAGCUAACUACCGAGUGCAGGGGUGUAGGGGUUGUUAGUAAUACGGACUUCCAGUCUUAUUGCUAGCAAUAUACACUAUCAGGUCGACCUCCACGUGGUUCCCCCUAGAAACCAUCGUACUCAAUUUCAGGUGUGUUCAUCACGAUGGGAUAACUGACCUGCCUUUUCAUUCUCACCUAUCAUCCCUCACUGGUGCCCCGCCAGCGUAUACCGUUAGCGCAGGCGGUGUUACCAUUCCAUUAUUAUCCAUUAAAAAAAAAUACCGUGUGCAUGAGACUGAACGAGACGACAACAUCCGAUGUCUCGUUCUUACAUACAUCAGAGAAAAUUUAAAUAUAGAUAACCAAGUUUGCCAAUUGCCCAGGCAAGCUGGAUGGAUAAGAACGAUAUACAAGAAGUUCAACUAAGCUUGGAGCAAACUGUAUAUAUUUUGUACUGUGCUGAAUACAAGUUAUAUAAAAGUCCAUUCCGUGCUUUAAUAAUGUAGUAAUAAGGAACUUUUUUUAAUGUAUCUAUGUUGUAAUUUUGUUGGUGUAGACAAUAAUGAAAUAGACUCAUCAUAUUCUGUUUUUUACAUUUGACAUAUUUAGCCAAUAAACUUUGCGUGUGUUUUUGUCGAAUUUAGUAAUAUAAAAAUAACUACAAACACAAGUUAUAACACAAGCAAUUAAUAAAAAAUAUUAUUGUCUUAACUAUCUGUUAAUUUUGUGCAUUAUUAUUUUAAUAGAAAAUAUCCCAAUAAUUUUCCUAAACAUGCCAAGUUUAAUAAACAAUUUAAAGAAAAAAAAAACAAAUCGAAUGCUCACAAAUGAAUAUAUAAAAAACUAUAAACAUUGUAAUGAAUAUAACCCAAUUUAUUAUAUCAACCGUUAACGGUUUCUGCUGAACAUAGGCCUUCACCUAUGGAGGGCUUUGCCAAUAGUUGUCAAACUUGGCAGGCGAUAACCCAAGUAUUAGGUAUUUAUUAAUAAAAUAAGAUAUACAAACGAUAUGUACUUUGCGUGCCAAUACUUACCAAUAUGUAAUCCCAAGCCUAUUAAGACUUCGUGUAAGCUUAUAAAUACAUUUUAUAACACAAUUAUGGUUUAAAAAUAAACAGCAUUAUAGUUAAUGGCCGCACAAGGCCGUAGCUAGAUCCAAGUUUAAGAUAAAGCAAACAAACUAUAGCAGUAGCCAUAAUUAAGUGACUUUGAAAAAGCGAAUCUGUCUAAUUUUCUUGGGAGCUUUCAUUUUAGAGCACUCAGCCUUUUAAGGUAGGGCAUUGCCCCCUCAAUGCCCGCCCCUUCCUCCCCUAGCUACGACCAUGUGGCUACACCAAAUAUAUUACAGUAAAAUAUUUGUUAAAUAGCAUUAGCAUGCAGACAGAAGUGACAUUUUGUUCGUGAACAAAAUUUCUCUUUACAUUAUACUUGCUUCGUCUCCCCUCGCCUUAAAUGUAAAGAAAAACGAAGCUUAGUGUAAAUUUUAACCAAAUUAUAAUAAAAUCGCCCACGUGUGGGCGAAUACACAUCUUACAAAAGGGAACAUUUUGUCCAUGUACAUUUGUUGACCAUCGAUUGCACAGGCUUUUAACAUCACAAUGAGUACAAAUGUGAUACACUUAUAGUCUGUUUUAAUAAAACUUAAUGAAAAUGUAACCAAGUUUUGUUGAAAUUAUUAAGAAAGAAAACAUUUAUUGCCAACAACAAAAAAGUUACAUAAAUCAUCAAUUAAAAAAAAACUUUAUAUUUGUUAUUGCCAACGUGGUCACCACUCGGCAUGUGCUGCAGCAAUUUAAUUGCUACAGCGCUGAUAUUCUGUGGUGCCCAUGCGUGACAUGACGUUACAUGAACACAAAAUGAAAUCGGUAACAAAUCCAAACAUUCCAUCAAUAAAUCGAUCUUUGUACUACUAACUAUGGGGCAUCAGCAGUCUUAUGGGUGGUGGAUUAUCCGUUUGUUAUAUUUUCAUCAAGUUCUAUUCAAACAAAUUUAUAGUUAUCAUAAAAACUAAUCGAAGUACUAUCUUCAUUCAUUUUUGUAGUAAAGACUGAUAAAAUAUAUAAUGUAAUCUGAUAUAUUAUAAAAACUCCCCUAAUCACACUAAUCGUUCUAAAGUAACAUCAUUACGGUUAUGAUAGGUAGUUUAAAAGGUUUAAUUCCGUAAAAAAUAAGUUGUUUUAUAUAAUUUGUGUAUUUGAAACCAUUCUACAUAAUUACGAUUUAAUAUAUUGUAGCAUGAAUUCAAUCCGUCGAUAUAUUUAUACUUGUAUAAAUGUAAUAAACUUACGAUAUAUAAUGUAUUUUUUUAAUU